GCUUAUUAAUAUAAAAAUAUUUUACUAAAUUAUACCAUGGAAGAAAAUGAUACGUUGCAAGAAUAUCAAAAUUUUUUAAAAUCUCUAAGCAAACAAGGGAAACAUUAUGUUCAUUUUCGUGAGUCUAUAAAAAUAUUAGAAUCUGUUGCUUCUACAAAAGGACUAGACGAUGAUACAAUAAACAAGAUAUUUGAUAUUUUGACGAGCGUUGAUUUGAACUCUACUCAUUAUAUUGCUUUGAUUAAAUGCACAAUUCCACAAAAUGUAAUAGAUGAUGAUCAGGCCAAAAGAAUAAUUACAUGGUUUUUAUCUAUAUCUAUACCAGCAACUGCUCUUUCAACAUUAUUACAAUGGAUUAUUGGUUGUUGGGAAUAUCAAUUGAUAAAUAGAAAUUCAAUUUAUAUCUUUUAUGAUGCAUUCUUUUAUAUAAUGCUUAAACACGAAAAAUUAGAGUCACGUUUAGCUCAAUUAGUUUAUUUAAUGACAAAACCAGAAGAUGUAACUCGAAGACAAGUCACUAGAUUAUUAAAAUUAAAUGAACAUUAUAAAAAACCUCAAAAACAUAUAAUUGCAUUAUUAUCAUUAUUUAAGUCUUAUAAGCCUGAAUUUGUACCUGAAAGAAUUCCAGCUAUAAAUAUUCAAAGUGUAUGGCGUCCAAUUGUAGAAACGUUAAGAGUUGGAUUUGAGAGUGCAAGAGACAGAGUGAUUUUAAAAGAAAAUCAAGAAACAAAUACAUACUAUAGCUGGAAUACUAAUACAUUUAAAUAUAAAAAGAACCAAGAACCUCUUGUUCCUUUUAUUAGAUAUUUUAACAUUGGUUCUAAUAUAUUCAAAGAUAAAACCGAAAGGAUGGUCUUUGAUGUUACUGAUGCUGUAGAACUGGGAAAAUUUUAUUCUACUAUUCAAUUACCUACUAAUACUACAUCGUUAUUAGCAAAUAAGAUUGGUCAUCAUCUUUUAACAUUUGCAGAUUUUGAAUAUCAGCAAAGAUUUAUACAUAAUUUAUAUUAUACAUUAUGGAAAUCAUUUAUUUUUGAAAAUGGUAGAUAUUUUAAUGAAGAAAUGAACAAAAUAAUAGAUAUGACCAUUGAAUUUUUCAGAUAUAUGCAACAUGGUAUUUCAAUUGUGAAUUAUUUUAUUAAUGAAUAUUUAUCUUGUUACAUAGAAGAAUAUAAUUUAAAAUUAUUAUCUUUGAUGCAAUGGAGUUCAGUUUCAAUUCCAGAACUACAAGAUUAUGUAUUUAAGCAUAUGAAGAUAAUGUUUUACAGUUCGUCUAUAAAUACUAAAUGUAGAAUUAUUAAAACUUUACGGACACUUUUAUUAAAUCUUUCUGUUAUUAAUAAUAAUUCUUUUAAAGAUAGGCGAUUUCCAUUUUUGGGUCAAAGUUUUGGUGAAAGAUGUACAGAAAAUGUAAAAAUUAUUGAACAUUUUACAAGGGAAUUAAUAAUGUCAGGAUUAAACAUACAUUUUUAUAAUUCAAAGAUCAUUUCUGAAGCAUUAUUAUUUUAUGAACAGAUUGCUAUAUUAGAAAUAUAUAUAGACACAUCUUUUAUAGCUUUAGCACCGUCACCCGUAAUUUAUGGUUCUUUUGUUAAUAGAAGCUGUUCUAUGCUAUCACGAGUAUGUGCAUUAUUAUUACAAUAUAGAAAAAAUUUUACAAAACGUAACGACCAAACUUCUCUUACAAAUAUUAAAUGGUUAAUUAUAUAUGCUGAAGAUCUUGCGAGUGCUUUGUGGUAUGAUAAUUGUUUUAGUAAUAGACUUGCAGAUAAUAGAUAUUUUCUGAAAUAUUUAUCAAAAAGUGUAGCUCAAAGUAAUCCAACAUGCGAUGUUGAUAGUCUAAUGAAUAUUUGUCAGCAUUACGCAGUUAUGCCAUAUUUACAUACAUUAAACUUGACUGGAUUACACAUCAAAACAAAAACUGAUGCAAAUAUUGUUGCAGCGCACUAUUAUAAUAAUAUUAAUAAAUUUAUAGUUGCACUUUCAGGAAAUUAA